GCUACGUGUGUUCACUUGUGUACGUCUGAAUCUGAAUCUGAAUUAUAUAGUCGGCAGAGCAACCUUUCAGGAAACAUCACACCAACUUCUGAGCUGAUUGAUAAGUUCCUUAUGUUUCGCUCAGGCUGAGCUGAGUAUGUUACGAUAGAAGGUGUGCAUUAUAUGCAUUUGUCGUUCCUGCUCUAAGUUUGGAGUUAGAAAGAAGCAGCAGUCAUGGCUCAACCACGCAGCUACCCAAGAAUAGUACAAGAUAUCACAGGUUGUGUCAAUGAUCUGAAGAAAGAUUCCCAGGAUUCUCAACUGCCAAUCACAGACGAUUCUUUAGCUCUGCAUAAGUUCUGUGCUAAACUUGAAUACCUUCUUCAGAUAGACAUGAAAAGUCGUUCCGGUUUGCUUGGGGGUCGUCGUGAUUAUUGGGACUACUUCUAUAAAUGCAUGUAUAAAGUCAAAGGAUUGAAUGAUGGACUGAGAUUUGUCAAAGCAAUGUCGGAGGUCAAGUCAUCUCUUGGGCGUGGUCGUGCUUUCAUUCGUUACAGUUUAGUUCACCACAGACUUGGAGAUAGUUUACAACAGUGCAUCUCCAAUACCAAGAUAACCAGUGAGUGGUAUAACCUGUCAUCGGUCCUUCUGAAUGCCAUCCAUGGAGCAACAAUUACUACUGCUGUAUAUGACCUGAAUGAUAUUCAGUUUGAUCUGGCACCUACUGGAUAUGAUCUGGACACUGCUUGGCCUACCUUUGCACGUAAGACUCUUGGUGCACCUAGUCUAUACUUAUGGACUCCUCCGAGUAGGACAACUAGUACCAGUAGCAUCAAUUCACAGCUUAGCACCAGUGACUCGUCAUACCCUAAUAGUCCAAUGACUGACUCAAGACCUUCCCCUCUUGGAGAUCAACUUGUUCAUCUUCAGAAGGAAUUUGAGGAUUGUGAGCUUGUGAACAGACAGCUGAGGCAGAGAAUAGACCAGCUGGAGAAAGACAAUGAAGACAUUCAUCAUAUGGCACAAGAAACUGAGGAGUCUAUGACUGCCCUAAAACAGGACUCGGAAAAGCAGAACUCAGACCUCCAGGAGCAGAUCAUUAGCCUGGAAGAAAAACUGAAUUGUAAAGAAGCAGAACUGCUUGGGAUGGAGAGUAAGUGGAAAGCACGAGUUCAGGAGGCUGAAAAAACCGCUGCUGAUUUACAUGGGCGCAUUGAGGUGUUGAAUAAACAGCAUGAGAGCAGAGAAAAAAUGCUGAUUGAAUCUGAGAAAGGGCUAAGAGAUAAUCUAGCAAUGGCUGAAAUCUCUGCCACUGAGUUGAAACAACAGGCAAAUAAUUAUCAGCUUGAAUUUGCAACUAGGACUGCGUCAGAACAGAGUGCCAAAGAAAAGAUGUCCGACCUGGAAAACAAGCUCGCUGCCGCAGAACAACGAAAUCUGGACAUGAUUUCAAGAAUGAAUGAUAUUGUCCUUGAUAAAGAUAAGAAAGUGUCUAGCCACUUUGAAUCAGCCAGUAAGGUCCAUGAGCUUUUAGCAAGACUGGAAGGAGCGGAAACGGAGAAACUUGAACUGAAAGGAGUCACGGAGGAACUGAUACAUAAACUACAGCUCAUUGACACUCAAAGAACUGCCGAAAGUGAAUCAAAGCAGCGGUCUAUUUCAGAAAAGGAAAUGGAACAUCCACCUGAAAAGGAAUCAGCCAGUGGUGAUGAAUAUCCGCAUCAAAUCAAAGAAUUGGAAAAUACUAAUAAGAAACUUAUUUCCCUUAAUGCAGAAGCUGCUAAGAAAGUUGGGAAUCUUGAAGCAGCCAUACAGAAAAUUGCAUCGGAAAAAAGUGCUCUUGAGAAACAAGGUAUUGAAGCACAAAGAACCAUGUCCAAUCUGGAGGAAAGUGAAUGGUUAUUAACAGAGCAAAUUGAAGAAUUACAAAAAGAUAUCGCAUCUACUGAAAAGGAAAGAGAUGACUUAAUUGAAAAGGUGGCUUUGUUAGAAAACAGAAGCAUGACGGAAGGAAAGGAAAGGGAAGAAGAUAUAUUAACUUUAAUGGAAGAGAAUUCUAGACUGAUGGCGUCAAUGGGACUGUCCGAGAAGGAACUCUCGUUCAUGAAAUCUGCCUGCCAGCAGUUAAUACAGAGUCUUGAGCAAUAUAACACAGACAGUCAUUCGCAGUUAGUUGAGUGUACAGAUAAUCCUCAGAUGCAUAUUGAACCUGAUCCAAAACUAACUGCCACGUCUCAUGGACAUGAAGACAUUGGUGCACAAUAUACAUCUUUGUGUCUGUCACUUCAAUCAAAAAUCAGCACAGUACUUGCUGGAAAAGUCUCCUUAGUCACUCACUUACAGAGAGAAGUAACUGAUUUAAAAUCUCACAAUGCCGAGACACUUACACAGCUCAAAGAGAAGGAAGAGCAGGAUAGCAUGGAAGUGUCUAAUUUGCGAGGGACCAUAAAGAGUCUCCAGGGCCAACUAGCUGACGCCGGCUUGCGGUCUGAAUCACAGAAAGAGAUAGAAACAGAAAAAGAAAAAGAACUACUUGGAUAUGCAGAGCAGAUGAACAUACUCAGACAGCGAGUUUCUGAUCUCAAAGAGAGUGUCGUCCAAAAAUCCUUAGAAUUGGAAACUACUCGGCAGAAGCUUGGUCAGUCCAAGGACCAAGUAGAAUCUUUAAAAGUAGCUCUGGAAAAGAGUCAAAGCGAAAAGGCAUUUUUAGGAACAAGUAUCUCAUCUACUGGCAAAGCUUUUGAAACUUUGCAAGCUGAACAUGAACAACUUCAACAGGAGACCCAAGACCUUCAGAGGUAUAAUGAAGAGUUACACGGAGAGUCAGAUAGCUUAAAGCAGGUCAAUAGAACUAUGGAAAACAUGAUGGAAGACUCACAGAGGUUGCAAAAAGAAAACGUCUCCUUAGAACAGGUCUUCGAGGAUCGGAAACAAAAAAUGAUCAAAGAGCAUGAAGAUAAAGUUGAGUUUCUUACGCAUCAGUUUAACACAAUAAAGGACGAGCUGGACAAUGUGAGUGCUGCCAAUGCGGAACUGGACAUGCAGCAUCAAGAAAUGUCAGUCAAACUCAAAGAAAUGCAAGAAAGUUGUGAACUAAUGGAAACAGAAAGGAAUGAAAUCAAGAAAACUAACGAUGAGUUAAAUGCAGAGGUCUCAAGAGUGAACGAAUCGUCACAGCUUAUUCAGUCCGAGAAGGAAGAGGUAGCAAAGAAGUUGGAGCAGCUUAGCUCUGAGAUGUUUCAGGCAUUGGAAGGGAACACUACAAGGAUGCUGCGUCUUGAGAAUGAACUUCAUGAUGCUAGAGAGGAAAGGGACAAUGAGAAGAAACGAGUCAGUGAGCUUGAAGUAGAAAUGACUGAUACAAGGGAGAAGUUGAGCAAAGCUGAGCAAAAAUGCGAUGAAGGCACAGAGCAGCUUAGUAGUCUUCAGUGUGUCAUGAAACAAGAAAUAUCUGCCCUGAAGUUUCAACUGAGCUCCGAGGCUUUAGAGUACCAGCAGAACAUACAGGGUUACAAGGAUCGUGAGGCAGAUCAACAGUUAUUACAGCAGAGACUUAUUGAGCUGGAGGAGAAUGCAGAAAGUAUUCAGGAUACGUUAGAUGAAACCAGAACACAGCUACAACAACAGCAGCAAAAGGCUAAGGAAGCUGUGGAAGCGUUGUCUGAGAAGGAGGUUGAGCGAAGUGUCCUUCAGGAAGCAAUACAGCAGAUGUCCAAAUCAAUGGAAGAGCUUCAACUCAGAAACUUAAACAGUGAGGUAAAAGAGGAACUUGGAAUGUUAAAGGAUUCUCGACAGGGCAAUCAAACAUCGUUAGAAGCUAAGCUGACUGAACUUCGGACUGACAAUGUGGACUUAAAAAAGCAGAUUAUUAAACUCAUCAGAGAUAAAGAUACUUUGUGGCAGUGGACUGAUAAAUUGGAUUAUCAGCGAAAGAUGAAGGCAUCCGAGAGAUGGAUUGAUGAUAAUGAGGUGACUCAUUGUAUGCAAUGCCGUAUACAGUUCUCCAUGAUUGUCAGACGUCAUCACUGCAGACUGUGUGGUCGUAUCUUCUGCACCAAGUGUGCUAGCUGCUAUGUAUUAACAACUCAUAGUAGCAAGAAGUCUCGUGUAUGUGAACAGUGCUUUGUUGUACAUCAGCAUGCCUCUGAGGUAAACCAAACCUUGACUACAACAUUAUCAACACCAGAUAGCGAUGACGAGGAUGAAGUAUCUCAAGGUACACCAGCUACCAGUAGAUCUUCUAUUAGUUCCAAUACACAUCUCCAAGAUGCAUUGGAAUCAACAAUAUCUACAGAAGGGUCGUCAUCAAUAGAUGGUUCCAUCUCUCCUAUCAAGGUGCCCAUAGUUACAUCAGGGCAAGCUGUGAAGGAAGAGGCUUCUCUUGACCAUGAGACUGCUACUGAAGACACUGUUUCUACAUCCAUCUUGAAGACAUCUACCCAAGAGGAAGGCACGGAUGCAUCGGAGCAAGAUGCCAAACUAAUACCAAGUAGUAAGAAAGUAGAGUGUGCUCAAGUGACUGCAAGUGAAUCAAGCUAUCAUUCAGAGACUGAUCAAGCAGAUAAUCCAGUCAUUGUACUAGACAGUCCUCUCCCAUCUCGACACAACCUCCACCCCAGUGAAAAGGAUGAUGAACCUGACUUUGAUGUGAUCAGUGAGGAAGAGGUUGUAGCUGCAAGGAAUGAGCCAUGUCCAUUUGAUAGCCCAUUGAAGGUUGGGCAUGUAGCAGAGUCAAGCAUAAUUGUGACUCCUACACUAUACACAACGGAACUGGAAGCAGGAGUUAAUGAUGACAUCACUAUUAAAGCUGGACAGAGUCAUGCUAUUCCUAUUCAUCUUGAUGCACCAGGAAUCGUUCUAUGCUGGGAGUUUGCCUCAGCACCCAAGACCAUUGCCUUCAGUGUGACGUUCCAGCCAGGUAUGGAGCUUCCAGCAUCUAGCGAUAAGACACAAGUUGAUGAACUUAUACCGCUGUGUAAAUGUAACUCACAUAGACAUGCUGUGCAGGGAGAACUAAUGGCUCGCAAAGCUGGCAUCUAUACAUUACUCUUCGACAAUAGCUUCUCCAGAUUCACUCAGAAAACGGUCAAGUACAGUCUUCAAGUGAAACGACCUGAAGCAGCGUACUAAUUUACUAAAGAAGUCUUCCAACCAACCAGCCAAUCAGUCUAAGGAAUACAGGCCAAAGCAGUCUAGUGGCCAAUCUUGACAACCCAAGGCUUAGGCAGCCUGCUAGCCAAUCAUGAAAGGUCUACAAAAAGAACAAUACAAAGUAGUUGGUCAGCCAAUCAUGACAACCCAAUUCAACCUGCCAGCCAAUCAUGAGAGGUGUAAGGAUUACAGGCCAAAGCGGUCUAGUGGCCAAUCAUGACAAUCCAAUUCAACCUGCAAGAGAACAUACAAAGUAGUCGGUUAGCCAAUCAUGACAAUCCAAGGCAGCCUACUAGCCAAUCAUGAGAGGUCUACAAAAAGAACAUACAAAGUAUUUGGUUAGCCAAUCAUGACAAUCCAAUUCAACCUGCCAGCCAAUCAUGAGAGGUCUAAGGAAUACAGGCCAAAACAGUCUAGUGGCCAAUCAUGACAAUCCAAUUCAACCUGCAAGAGAACAUACAAAGUAUUUGGUUAGCCAAUCAUGACAAUCCAAGGCAGCCUACUAGCCAAUCAUGAGAGGUCUACAAAAAGAACAUACAAAGUAGUCGGUCAUCCAAUCAUGACAACCGAAGGCAGCCUGCUAGCCAAUCAUGAGAGGUCUUCAAAGAGAACAUACAAAGUAGUCGAUCAGUCAAUCAUGACAAUCCAAGGCAGCCUACUAGCCAAUCAUGAGAGGUCUUCAAAGAGAACAAUACAAAGUAGUCGGUCAUCCAAUCAUGACAACCCAAGGCAGCCUGCUUGCCAAUCAUGAGAGGUCUACUAAUAACUAAACAACACAAAGCAGUUGCUCAGCCACUCACGACAGGUCUACAAAGCAAACAACCUCAAACAAUCUGUAAAGCAGUCUGUGCGAGGAAUGAGCUGGAGCAUCAUAUUCAAAGUCUACUGUUAACAGGCACAGAUAUGGCCAGAUUUCAGGCAGUGACAAAAAACACCAUGUAGUUCAAAUGACUAAACCUCUAUUAAGGAAACACUCAGAGAAUUAUAGAAUGUACAUUAUGUACUCAAAGAACCCAGUCUCGGUGUAGAUUCAAGAUUAAUUGGAAUGAACUUAAAGUAUAAGCUACGUGUAGCUAUACCAACAUGUGCAAUAUUUAAUUUAUGUUUGAUGACCUGAAGCCGCGUAUUGGUACUAGCCAAUCAACAGCAUCUACUCACAUCUUUAAUUUUAAAGCAAUAUAUUAUAGAUUAGUUUAAGUAAGCCUUUUUAUAUCAGGGUUUUUGCAUCACACCAGAGUUUCUCUAGCAAGCAUUAUUUAAAAAUGGAUUCAAUGAUUUACAAUGACAGUGCCUUUUUAGUGUAAACCAGGUGAUUGUGCUAUGUGAAGCCAAGUUUAAAGACAUUGGACACUAUUGGUAAUUGUCAAAGACCAGUCUUCUCACUUGGUGCAUCUCAACAAAUG